ACCGGAUAUGGUAUCUAUUCGGAAUACCUCGGUGAAUGCAGUCGGAGCUCCUCGGGCUGUUACCCUGGUACACGUAUGCCUACCUUCAAAGAUAAACUUGUGAGCACCUAAUGUUUUCACGACCUGAACUGGCAUAAGAUUGGCUAAGAACUUCUUCCUGUAUUUGACAUCUGAUGAGAAGACUGCAGCAUUAAACAGAAAGGAAUUGGAUUAUCGUCAAAAAAAAUGAAAAUAUUACUACAAUAAUUUGAUUUAGCUUCAUAAUUCAAUGUUAUAAUCACAACUCACCAUGAGGUGGACAACUUGGAGAGUUAUUUUGUGGAAAAAUAUUCUCAGCAAGUCAAAAUUUGAACGACAUCCGAAAUGUAAAAACCUCUCCACAACCGUAUCAGGAAAAAAGAGAUCAUUUGAGAAUUAUUCGAGGCACAAUACAUCAAGAUCAAAAAUAGAUUUACGCUUAAUUUCAGGGAAAAAUAUGUCUUCCUUUGUGAUACUGAGAAAUCGGCAUAGAAUGCCUGUGUUAAGGAAUGCCUUAUUGCCCAACAUGAAUUCUAUGGGAAACAACGCUAACAUUAUAACCCAAUGUCGUUUCUUCUCUGAUACAACCGUGAACCCUGAGAAUAUUUUCUCGGAAGAAAAUAGAUGUAGAGUUCAAGGCAAACUUACAUCUUUGAAACCAGUGAAAAGAGUUGUGCCUUAUCGAGAGGAUCGUAAAGACGCCGCUGUCCUGAUACCUCUGUGCUACGUCAACAACGAACCAUCCCUUCUGUUCAUGGUCAGAUCGUGGAAAGUUCCUGUACACAAGGGUGAAGUAUGUUUUCCAGGUGGUAUGAAGGAUGACGUCGACCUUGACCUUUCCCAAACUGCUCUGAGGGAGACAUUUGAGGAGAUAGGGCUUUCGUCGGAGACUGUCAAUAUAUGGGGAAAUAUGCCCAAGAUCCCUAGUAAGAAGGAUGGUAAAAUAGAAGUAACUCCAUAUUUGGGAUUCUGUGGAAAUAUGGAUAUCUCUCGGUUAGUGCUGGACGAUUCUGAGGUGGAUGCCGUCUUUACCAGGACUAUCACCUCCCUGUGCGAUCCAGUCAAUGUCCGGUCCACCCAGUUCACUAACGGCUACACACUGCCGGUGUUUCUGGGCGGUGAAUCCAGGAUCUGGGGAAUGACUGCCAUUUUGUUACAUCAAAUGCUGACAGUCCUCGCUCCAGGAAUGUACAACUUCAAACUAAGACAUGUCAGGCCUCUAACGGCCAAACCUUCUUGAUGAUAAAUUCAUAUUAGUUUAUUGAAUUCAUUCCAGAUUUGCGAAAUAAUUCAAUUUGGAAAAUUGUACGAAUCAGUUUAUAUACUGAAUUUUUUGUUUAUUUACAUAAUUACAAAUUUUAGGUUGUGAAGAGUUAAAUGUAUUUUGUAAAUUAACAUUUUGUUGAUUCAAAUUAGAAAAUUCAGAUAUUUUUAAGUUGGUUAUAAAUUAAUUAAUAUUGAUUGAUGUUGAUGAUGGAUAUUUAUAUGAUUUUAUUUUAUUUUUCUAAGCACAUUUUGCUUAUCAAAUCUGCAGGAACAAUUUUCAUCAUUGAUAUAUAAAAUGAAAUGUUAAUUAGUUAAUUAUGUACCGAAUGUGUUUUUUCUGGACAAUCUUGUUGACUUUGAAAUAAAUAUAAAUUUAAAAAAACGUUUUUUGUUGUAAAGUAAAAUUCACAAUAUUUAUGACUUUGUAUAUGUACUGGUGUAUAUGUUUUAUGUACUGUCAUAUUACUGCAAAGUCAGCUGAUUGUGAACCUCUCCAUCGACUUCAAUCAAACUUUUUCAUAGAUGUAGCAUCAUGUACAGUACAUUCCAGUUAAUCGGGUAACGCUUAAUACGGUUUUUCGUUUAUUGGGGUAAAAAUUCAAAAACCAAAACCAUUUUCUCUUGAAUCGUGUUUUAAAAAA